CAAAUUCCCUCGUCCAUCGCUUCCGCUCCCGCUUCGUCCUUCUCUCUCCUUCUCCUCCCCCAGACUUCCGUCACCUGCAACCUCUCUCGCGCCGCACCUGCAGACACAAAACAGCGAUCAAGAAAACGCACUUUCCCCUUUCUCUCUCUCCUAUACCCCCCCGGAGUGCCCCUGUCGCCUCAGCCCUCCCAUUUCGUUGCUCUGCAGCUCGCUGCAAUCCGCCCUUAUGAACGGGCGCCCGUCAGUCUUCACCUCUCAAGUAAGUGAUACCUAAUCGUGCUUCCACAUCUAUAUGUUGUGGCACCCCGAUCCCUCGACUUUUGUCUUGUUCAUUUCUUGCCUCUGCCAGUACUUUGGCUUGAGCAGUGGGCGGACGGUUCGUGGCCUGGACGGUCUCCCUGUCCCUAUAAUCGUCGUCCUCGCCGAUGCUGCCCGAGCCUCGGCCAUUGCUCCCACCGCCCUCCCACCAGUUCUCCCUCCAUAAGAGCUCCCCUCUUUGUGCCUUGUCCUGUCCAUCGUUCAUACGUGGCUUGCAUGCUAAUGUGUUUCACUGCAGGAUUAUCUUUCUGGUGCGUCAACGUGUGUGGUUCGGCUGCGGCUGCCUGCCUGCCAGCAGGCGGCAUGCCGCGGCCUGCAAAAUGUCUUGACUAACCACCGAUACAGACCACCUGUGGAGGUCCCUGUCAUCUUAGAGACAGCUCUGCCUAUCUCCAGCCCGCUUCUCUUAUCUCGCAUCAACACAACGUAAUUGCAAACACCAAACGAUUGCCAUGUUUUCCCGGCUGGCAAUCACACUCGCCAAACCGGCGGCUAAGCCCGCCGCGCUGAGCGCCCAUCCCGCCGCCUUCGGCAUUCGAUUCCUGUCCCAGCAGGCUGCUCCCGUUGGAAGCACCGGCAGGAAGAUCGGCUUCAAGGGCGUGCGAGCUACGGCCCCCGUAGCCUCGGCACCUGCCACCCUCACCAUUCGAGAUGGACCCGUUUUCAAGGGCAAGGCCUUCGGUGCCGACUCCAACAUCUCGGGCGAGGCUGUCUUCACCACCUCUCUAGUCGGAUACCCUGAGUCCAUGACCGACCCCUCAUACCGAGGCCAGAUCCUCGUAUUUACGCAGCCGCUCAUUGGCAACUACGGCGUUCCCUCGAGCGAGCGAGACCACUUCAACCUCCUCAAAUACUUCGAGUCCCCCCAUAUUCAGUGUGCCGGCAUCGUGGUCUCCGACGUGGCCCUCGACUACAGCCACUGGACCGCCGUUGAGAGCCUGGGCAAUUGGUGUGCCCGUGAGGGUGUCCCGGCCAUUUCUGGCGUCGACACUCGCGCCAUCGUCACCUACCUCCGCGAGCAGGGCUCCUCCCUUGCUAGGAUCUCCAUUGGCGAGGACUACGACGCUGACGAGGAUGAGAGCUUCCUCGACCCCGGCCAGAUCAACCUCGUCAAGCGCGUAAGCACCAAGGCUCCCUUUGUUGUCGAGUCUCCCGGCGCUGCUUUCCACAUUGCCCUCCUCGAUUGCGGUGUCAAGGAGAAUAUUCUGCGCAGCCUCGUUAACCGUGGCGCCUCGGUGACCGUGUUCCCUUACAACUACCCUAUCCACAAGGUCGCCCAGCACUUUGACGGCGUUUUCAUCUCUAACGGCCCUGGUGACCCGACUCACUGCCAGGAGACUGUGUUCAACCUUGCCCGCCUCAUGGAGACAUCGUCUAUCCCCAUCAUGGGCAUCUGCCUGGGCCACCAGCUUCUGGCCCUGGCUGUCGGCGCUCGCACCAUCAAACUGAAAUACGGCAACCGGGCUCACAACAUCCCUGCCCUCGACUUGACCACGGGCCAAUGCCACAUUACUAGCCAGAACCACGGCUACGCUGUUGACGCUAGCACCCUACCCAGCGAGUUCAAGGAAUACUUUGUCAACCUCAAUGACGGUAGCAACGAAGGCAUGAUGCACAAGACCCGACCCAUCUUUUCGACCCAGUUCCACCCCGAAGCCAAGGGCGGCCCCAUGGACAGCGCGUACCUAUUUGAUAAGUACCUGCAGAACGUCCAGCUGGCCAAGGACGCCCAGAAGAUCUACAAGGACAACCGACCCAGCCAGUUUGUCUUGGACAUUCUGAGCAAGGAGCGCGUCGGUGUUGAGCCCACGCCCCUUGCCAGCGCUGCGUAAUAGCGUGCUGACGAAGAGGCCCCGGCGCGAUGUUGAUACAUGUUGUUUGGGUCCGGUGGCGUCUGCGACACGGGAUUCGGAUGGGAUAUUCAGGUUGAUAUAAGUUGCGGGAGGUCCGUUUGAAAGAGACCAUGACAAAAGAAUGAUUGUGCUACACGUAUUCUCUGGAGCUUUUUGUAGUCUAGUAGUGCAAUGGACUUGGAUCUUUGCCAUCUUGUUGCACACUCACUCAACCCAAUGAACCCAAUCCCCGUCCCUUCUUCAAGUGGAACGUGGCCGUCCAGGGGAGCAGGUCAGUCAUCCGGUGUACUCUACAGGGUUGUAUUUCUAUUCUACAGGGUGAUGCAAGAGGCGAGGCGCUGGCUAGGAUGGGCGUUGCCGCCAGAUCCGUCGAAACCAACUAGUCCAGGGAUGACCACUACUAGUCCAGUCGUCCAUCCAUCCAAACAUGUCAAAAGUUUCGC